AUGUGGCUUCCCAUCAUGGUGCCAGUGCAGAAAUGGUGGCAGGUGCCCUAUUUCUGGGCUGGUACGAAAUGCUACGAUUUUCUUGCUGGCUCCGAGGGUAUUGAAAGCUCAUAUUUCUUACCCCGAAGUAAGGCUUUGGAUGCAUUUCCUAUGCUUCGAAAAGAUAACCUUUUUGGAGCCUUGGUUUACUAUGAUGGCGCGCAUAAUGACUCUCGUAUGAACGUGUCAUUGGCAAUGACGGCAGCGCUAUACGGCUGUACCGUGGUCAAUCACAUGGAAGUGACAGGGUUAACGAAGGAUGCCAAUGGGAAGCUAAACGGCGCCAAAGUUAAAGACUUGAUCGCGGAGAGGAAUGGGGAGAAGGAUGGCGAGUUCACGAUCAAGGCCAAAAGCAUAAUCAAUGCUACAGGUCCGUUCACUGAUUCCAUCAGGAAGCUUGACGACCCAAGCAUCAAUGAGAUCGUGGCACCAAGCUCUGGGGUACAUAUCAUCCUUCCAGGGUAUUACAGCCCUGCAAAGAUGGGGCUGAUAGACCCUUCAACCUCAGACGGUCGAGUUAUCUUCUUCCUGCCUUGGCAAGGGAACACCAUUGCAGGCACCACGGACAGCCCGACUGAGAUCACCAAGGAUCCUAUCCCGUCUGAAGAAGACAUCAACUGGAUUCUCAGUGAGAUCCGAGGAUAUCUGGCACCCGACAUCAACGUCCAGCGUGAUGAUGUCCUGGCUGCGUGGUCUGGAAUUCGACCCUUGGUUCGGGAUCCGAAGGCCAAAAACACCGAGUCUCUCGUGCGCAACCAUUUGAUCUCAGUCUCUAAUUCGGGCCUGUUAACCUGUGCUGGUGGUAAAUGGACCACCUACCGGCAAAUGGCCGAGGAGGCAGUUGAUGAAGCCAUCAAGCAGUUCAACCUUCGGCCAGGAAAACCUCUCGCGACUCCCAACACUAGCGGUGUCCUUUCGUACAGUGAUAACGCCGUGCUGGAUGGAACUUGCCAGACACACAGAGUUCGACUGAUGGGUGCCCACGGAUACUCCAAGACGCUGUUUAUCAACCUUAUCCAGCACUUUGGCCUCGCAACCGACGUAGCUAAACACCUUACUCAAUCCUACGGUGAUCGAGCGUGGGAGGUGGCCGCUUUGUCAAAUCCAACCGACAUGCGCUUCCCGCUUAGAGGCGUGCGUCUCUCACCACUCUACCCGUUCAUUGAUGGCGAAGUCCGAUACGCUGUGCGCCGCGAGUACGCCCAGACCGCCGUCGACGUGCUCGCCCGACGCACAAGACUGGCCUUCCUAAACGCCCAAGCCGCCUUAGAGACUCUUCCCGUCGUCAUCUAA